ACUGAUGAACAUUUUUGAUUUCAGACGAAGUCCCGUUAUGGGCGACGUUUUAAAAUAUGAGAAAAAACGCAUUUUGGGUCGAGGAACGUUUGGCGAGGCCUGGCUAGUUGUUUCUAAGGUGAGCAGGAGGAGCUACGUCAUGAAGGAGAUGAAGACAGGGACCUGGGCACAGAAGGAGAAGGAUCAGAGUGAAAAUGAGGUUAAUAUUCUCGCAAUGUGCAAUCAUAUUAACAUUGUCAAAUAUGUCGGAGGAUACAGAAUGCAUAAAAAUCUACCCAAUGAAAAGAUUCUGAUUAUUAUGGAGUAUGCUGAUCACGGAGACUUGUCUGCGGUGAUAAAACGACAACGAGAUGUUUACAAACAAUUUAUUCCUGAACCUCAAGUUCUCAACUGGUUGAUUCAGAUCUGCUUUGGUUUGCAGUUUAUCCAUAAAAAGAAUAUUCUACACCGAGACCUCAAAACCCAGAAUAUUUUUCUAACUUCACAAAAUCUGAUCAAGAUUGGAGAUUUUGGAAUUUCUAAGUCGUUGAAUAACACUCUGGAUCUUGCUCACACAGCUAUUGGAACACCGCAUUAUCUUUCUCCGGAGAUAUGUAAAAGAGAACCUUAUGGAAACAAGUCAGACAUGUGGUCCCUGGGAUGUGUUCUUUAUGAGCUGUGUACUCUAAAACUGGCGUUUCCUGCUGAAAACUUCUUACAGCUGGUUCAGUCUAUCUGUAGAGGAAGCUAUGAACCAAUAUCUAAGAAAUUUUACUCAUCCAAGGUUUCAGAUUUGAUUCAAGUUCUUCUCCGACCAGCACCUGAACGUAGACCAUCAGUGGAACAGGUUCUCUCCGCUAGUAAACUGCAGACAGAGGUUCAGACCUACUUGAGUUAUGUUAACCGAUUGAAGAUGAAUGAAGAGUCUUCUAAGGAGCAAAGAGAGAGAGCUUCAUCUCACUCCAGCAAGGUUAUCUUCAUUUCAAACCAAGUUUGGUGAGAUUUUGCAAAUCUCUGC